AUGCCGUUAUAUAAGCCGAGUGAUAUUGUAAAGGAUAUUCGACGACAAUAUGGUGUUGAAUUGCCGUAUCAUCAAGCUUGGCGUGGUAAGGAGGUGGCCAUGAUGGAUCUUUAUGGUAACAGCCGGCUAUCUUAUGAACGGAUUCGCUGGUAUUGCGAUGCCAUUCGUCAGACCAACCCCGGCAGCAUUGCAGAGUACGAAACAAUUGAUGGUCGAUUCAGACGUCUAUUCAUUUGUUUUCAUGCUUCACUAAUGGGUUUCAUAAAAGGAUGUCGUCCUCUGAUUUUUAUGGAUGCCACAUUUAUAAAGCAUAAGGAUGGAGGUGUAUUGCUUGGAGCCACUUCCAAAGAUGGAAAUGAUGAUAUGUUUCCUAUAGCUUAUGGUGUUGUAGAUAUAGAAUGUGAUGAAAAUUGGGAAUGGUUUUGCCGGUUUCUGAAAGAAGCUAUUCAUAGUUGUACUGAGUAUAGUGGUCAACAGUUCACAUUUAUGACGGAUAGACAUCAGGGCAUUAUUAAAUCCGUGCCGAAGUACUUUCCUGAUUCUUACCACUCAUAUUGUAUACGUCAUGUGAAAGAAAACUUCAAGAAUCAGGUCCUUGUCCAUUAUCGUGCAGCUGAGAGAAAGAGGCUCAUUGAUUUACUAAAUGCUGCUGCCUAUACACCAAGGCUUACUGUAUUCCGAAAGCUAAUUGCAAAGCUUACAUCAGAAGCCCCUGGUGCUACCACCUUUCUCCUACAUGCAAAGCCGGAGCAUUGGGCGAAUGCUGUAUUUCCAGGUCCACGCUGGGGCAUCAUGACAUCGAAUGUGGCAGAGUCUUUUAAUAGUUGGGUCCUGGAGGCUCGUCAUCUCCCUGUGCCUCAGAUGGUUGACCAUAUAAGGAUCCAAAUAAUGCAGAUGAUGCAUCAACGGCGUAAUCGAGGAUAUAGCAUUCAAUCUCAACUUUGUCCUGAUGCGGAGAAAGUGUUGCAAAAAAAUGCGGAAGAUGGUCGGAGAUUAGCUGUAUUUACGUCCAACAUAAUGAUAUAUGAUGUAAAGGAUACCAACUACUCAUGCAAAGUUGACCUGCAUAUGUGUAGCUGCUCUUGUGGCGAGUGGCGAAUCUUCCGCAUGCCAUGUAAGCAUGCUUGUGCAUGCAUCGAGAAGGACGGCAGAUCACUAUACCAAUUCACCGACAAUUGCUUCCAAGCUGAAUUGUAUAGAGUAACAUAUGCCGAAGCAAUCAGUCCAAUUCCUGACAUGGAGAAACCCCAAAGUGCCUCUGAAGAGAUUCACAUUCUACCCCCUAUAAGAAAGACACGUCCUGGCAGGCCUAAAAAGAAGAGAAGACCUUCGCAAGUGGAGUCAGUACGUGAAAUGAGAUGUGGACGAUGCGGGAAGGUUGGGCACAAUAGAAGGACUUGUAAUGAGGUCAUCAAGUAA